AUGUUGGCUUCUCGUCAGCUCCUGGGCGUUGCCCGGAGCCGCGCUCUGGGUAGCGUUGGCAUGAGCGUCCGGCGCAUGGCGUCCGUUGCGGAUGCUGCUCUGGACAAGAAGGUUCGUCAAAACAACUGGGAGGAGGGCAACUUCAUCAACUACAAGAAAAUGUCCGAGAACCUCAACAUCGUCCGGUCUCGUCUCAACCGUCCCCUCACCUACGGCGAGAAGAUUCUCUACUCUCACCUGGACGACCCCGAGGGCCAGGAUAUCGAGCGCGGCGUCUCUUACCUUAAGCUCCGUCCCGACCGUGUUGCUUGCCAGGAUGCCACUGCCCAGAUGGCCAUUCUCCAGUUCAUGAGCGCUGGUCUCGACCAGGUUCAGAACCCCGUUACCGUCCACGCCGAUCAUCUGAUCGCUGGUCGCGACGGCAGCGAAAAGGAUCUUGCGCGCGCGAACGAGGUCAACAAGGAGGUCUACGAUUUCCUUGCCUCUGCUUGCGCCAAGUACAACAUCGGUUUCUGGGGCCCUGGCUCUGGCAUUAUUCACCAGAUCAUUCUCGAGAACUACGCCUUCCCUGGUGGUCUUCUGAUCGGCACUGAUUCGCACACUCCCAACGCUGGUGGUCUCGGCAUGUGCGCCAUCGGUGUUGGUGGUGCCGACGCUGUCGAUCUCAACGGUUGGACUGCGCCCAAGGACAUCAUCCUGAAGCUCGCUGGCAUUCUCACCGUCAAGGGUGGUACCGGCUCCAUCGUCGAGUACUUCGGCCCUGGUGUCGAUACUCUCUCUGCUACCGGCAUGGCUACCAUCUGCAACAUGGGUGCUGAAAUCGGUGCCACUACCUCCCUCUUCCCCUUCAAUGACAGCAUGUACAAGUACCUGGCGAUCACCAAGCGCCAGGAGAUCGCCGACUUUGCCCGUGUCUACGCCCACGGCCUCCGCGCCGAUGAGGGUGCCGAGUACGACCAGGUUAUUGAGAUCAAUUUGGACGAGCUUGAGCCCCACAUCAACGGCCCGUUCACUCCUGAUCUUGCUACGCCUAUCUCGAAGUUCGCUGAGGCGGUCAAGGCUAAUGGCUGGCCUGAGGAGCUCAAGGUCGGCCUCAUCGGCUCCUGCACCAACUCCUCGUACGAGGACAUGAACCGCGGUGCUGCUAUUGCCCGCGAUGCCCUCAAUCACGGUCUGAAGGCCAAGGCCAUCUUCACCGUUACCCCUGGUUCUGAGCAGAUCCGUGCCACCAUUGAGCGCGACGGCCAGCUCAAGACCUUCGAGGAGUUCGGUGGUAUCGUUCUGGCCAACGCUUGCGGUCCUUGCAUCGGCCAGUGGGAUCGUCAGGACAUCAAGAAGGGCGAGGUCAACUCCAUUAUCUCGUCCUACAACCGCAACUUCACCGGUCGUAACGAUGGCAACCCUGCUACCCACGCUUUUGUUGCCUCUCCUGAUAUCGUCGUUGCCAUGACCGUUGCCGGCAAGCUCACCUUCAACCCUCUCAAGGACAAGCUCGUUGGUGCCGAUGGCAAGGAGUUCAUGCUCUCUCCUCCUCAGGGCGAUGCUCUUCCUGCUGGCAGCUACGACCCCGGCCGUGACACCUACCAGGCUCCUCCCAAGGACCGCUCGUCCGUUACCGUCCAGGUCUCCCCUACUUCCGACCGUCUCCAGAUCCUCAAGCCUUUCGCUCCUUGGGAUGGCAAGGAUGCUAUUGACUGCCCCAUCCUGAUCAAGGCUCAGGGCAAGACCACCACCGACCACAUCUCCAUGGCCGGCCCGUGGCUCAAGUACCGUGGCCACCUGGACAACAUCUCGAACAACAUGCUCAUCGGUGCCAUCAACGCUGCCAACGGCGAGGCCAACAAGGUCAAGAACCAGCUCACUGGUGCCUGGGACGCCGUCCCGGCUGUUGCCCGUGACUACAAGGCCAAGGGCAUCAAGUGGGUUGUCAUCGGUGACUGGAACUACGGUGAGGGCUCGUCCCGUGAGCACGCCGCUCUGGAGCCCCGCCACCUGGGCGGUCUCGCCAUCAUUACCCGCUCCUUCGCUCGUAUCCACGAGACCAACCUGAAGAAGCAGGGUAUGCUUCCUCUCACUUUCAUCGACCCCGCCGACUAUGACCGCAUCCAGCCUGAUGACAAGGUCGACAUCCUCUGCACUGAGCUGGCUCCUGGCAAGCCUAUCACCAUGCGCGUCAAGCCCCAGAACGGUGCUCCCUACGAGAUCAAGCUGGCCCACACCUUCAACGAGGGCCAGAUCGAGUGGUUCAAGAACGGCAGCGCUCUGAACACUAUGGCCAAGAAGGCCCAGAAAUAA